GAAACUCUCGCAAAAUGCACUUUUCAGCCUCCUUAAAACCCCAAAACCCAUUCUGGAUUUCUAACUCAAAACGUCAACUUGAAUCAUAGAAAGAAAGAAAGAAUCAAUGGAGGAGAAGAAGGGUCUUCUACCCAAAAAAGAAGAAGAGCCAUGGCGAGUCCUGGAAUUCUACAGUGGUAUUGGUGGCAUGAGAUAUUCACUUAUGAAGGCUGGUGUCAAUGCAAAAGUAGUGGAAGCUUUUGACAUAAAUGACAAAGCUAAUGAUGUUUAUGAAUACAAUUUUGGCCACCGUCCUUAUCAGGGUAAUAUUGAGACUCUGACGGCUGCUGAUCUUGAUAACUAUGGGGCACACACGUGGCUUCUUUCACCACCUUGUCAACCCUACACUCGACAAGGUCUUCAAAAGCAAUCUGGUGAUGCUCGAGCGUUUUCUUUUCUCAAGAUUCUUGAACUUAUUCCUCAUACUAAGCAACCUCCAAAUAUGUUGUUUGUGGAAAAUGUUGUUGGAUUUGAGACUUCAGAUACACGUGCAAAAAUGAUAGAGAUAUUAGCAAGUUCUGAAUAUAUUACACAAGAGUUUAUAUUGAGCCCACUGCAGUUUGGUGUGCCUUAUUCCAGGCCACGUUAUUUUUGCUUGGCAAAAAGAAAGCCUUUAUCAUUUCACCACGAAGUCUGCAAUAACAAAUUGCUUUGGUCUCCCAGUCCAUUGUUCGAGCAUAAUGAAAAUAAUGUAACAGAUGGAUGGGACCAACCACCAGUGAAUUGGGAUACUUUGAUCCAUUCUUGUGAGCCAGUUGAGAGGUUUCUUGAGUUCAAGAGCUCCAGCAACCGAGUAACUGGAGGAACUGGAACUGAUGUUUCAGCGGAUUGUUCUGGAGCUUUGGAGAACAUCGAUGAAAGAAAUCUUAAUACAAUGUCCCAGUAUAUUGUUCCAUUAAGCUUGAUUGAGAGGUGGGAAAGUGCAAUGGACAUUGUCUAUCCGGAUUCGAAGCGAUGCUGUUGUUUUACUAAGAGUUAUUAUAGAUACGUGAAAGGCACUGGAUCCCUCUUGGCUACUAUCCAGCCAAACAUCAAGGGAAAAGAAUCUUCGUUGAAGAAGCAAGGGCUUAGAUAUUUUACCCCUAGGGAAGUCGCUAAUUUGCAUUCGUUCCCUGAUGAUUUUCAGUUCCCAGAGGCAAUAAGCCUUAGACAAUGUUAUGCAUUAUUGGGAAACAGUUUAAGCGUAGCAGUGGUUGCGCCCUUACUCCGCUAUCUAUUUUCUCAACAAUCAUGAUUUUUCAAUCCAAGAGUCCUAUCUACCGAUUCAUGGCUUUCUCUUUCAAUUUCUGUACCACCCCUAAUUUUCCUUGCAAGGGGUCCUAAGUUUUGUUCCCACAUUUUUGGUCAGCACGGGGGUAAUGAGUUAAAGAGCUUACUUAUGAAUGUGGAUGUCUUGAGUUUUCAAUGCUGAAAUCAAGCAUUCUGGUGGAGAUGGAAUUCAAGGGGCACUCCAAGCAUAUCCAAUUUUUUUCCCUUCUCUUACUGACCAUGAAUCUGGAGCUGAAACAGGCUGCUUAGUGCCGAGUGUUGUAUCAAUUUUUACAAACACCAUGCAAGGAGAAGAAGCAUGGAAGGAGCUCUUUCAAUAAAUAGAAAUAUUUGUAUGAUCUCUGCAGGCGACGAAGUGUCUUCCCCUUCCAAGUUAUUGCUGCUAAUCUAUUAAUUAGAUCACAUUGCAUGUACCUUAGUGCCUAAUGUCUGAGAUUGCUUGGUUAUUUGCUUCAAGUAGCGUGUGGGUUUAUGGCUUUGCCUAGCAUUCACCUCUUCUUUCCCAGUUUUUAAGAGUGGUUGUAUGAUUAACCUGCCUCUUAUUUGUGAGACUAGUGGUUUAGAAAUUAAAAACAAAAAAAGAAAAAGAAUUGCAACUUUGAA